GUCAUCAUAAGCUAAAAGGCCGCCCUGUCGGUCAGAAACUUCAACUUGGACUUGCGUGUCAUCAGCGGCUGAAUGUGUUUGAUUCCUGAUUCGGAUUCGACUUAAUCGAUGGACGCCUUGCAAAGACACCGUUCGCUCUACAAGGGCACGACGCCGCCGUGGAAAGAAACGUACCGAAAGCGAUGUGUCGACCGGCUCAAGGGCAGCAGGUCCAGGUUGCUGGCCAAAUACCGGCAGAUGGGAGACAGUCCGCAGCGAAGCGGCUCCGGAGCCUCCAUCAUCGUCCAGGAGGUGAUGGAGGAAGAGUGGUCCGCGCUGCAGGCGGAGGACCUGACGCUGCCGUCGCUGUGGGGACCGGAGGGAAUGGUGGAGACGUUGAACUUCACUGGAGAAAACGAUGACUUGAGGGUGUUUGAGGAAAUCCAGCAGGAGCUCAUGUCCCAUGAAAUGUCAAUCAUUGACGAAUAUGAGAAGAAUCUGCAGCUGGAGCAGCAGUACAUUUCAUCGGUUGUGGAUGGAAUGGACAAAACACCGGUCAUUUGCCCAGCGUGUCAUGUAAACCAUCUGACAGUUAACAGCCACUUUAUCUCCUGCACUUGUGGACUUUACAUCAACACAAAGAAUCGAAACAUCACUGCUGAGGUGCUGUGCCAGCUUCUGGAGUCUCGAGUGUCUGAGCACAUGGAGGAAUGCCUCCACAACCCGGACUUCUCUGUGGCCUCCAACACCGACAGCACCAGCUCGCUGCUCAUAAGCUGCAGGGUAACUUUUAACAUGGCCCUACUGAAAAUAGAAAACAUUAAACUGCAUGUAAACAGGCCCAGAUUUUUUUCCCCAUCAUUGUAAUUUGAUAAUGUCUUGUUUGUGGGAAUAUAGAUGACUCUUAUUUGCAUCUUUACACUCAUCUGGAGAAAAGAAUCCUU